UGGAACUAAAGGCGGACGGAACCGGACACGGUCUCAUCGAGAUGUGAAGGUUCACCCCAAUCACAGGAGCCACGUGGAGCGGAGGAUAGGGAAUUCCUAGAUCCUGCUCAGAGCACUUUGUACAGAAAACUGAUGCUGGAGAAUUACAGCUGUCUUCUUUUUGUUGUGAACACCCAAAUGUCCCUCAGCCUGUGAAGGCAUCUUGUAAAUAUGGACAUUUAUAAAACAGAGUUCUACUCAGCGGUGAAGGAAAAGGAAACCAAGGAAUUUGCAGAUUCUGUCUGUGAAGCUCAGUAGAAGCAUCAGUGCUGUUUCAUUAACAGUCACAGGCAGAAGACAGUGAGGCUGGGGGUCAGCUGCCAGUGCUUCUGAAGGAAAGCUUAGUGUAGCCUCUAUUCCAAAGGAUGAAAACCGUGUUACUCCGCCUUGUUUAGGUGACAUGGAUUUUCAGUGAACUGAAUGGAAGUCUCUCAAAAGAAAGAGAAGAUUGUUUAUGUAAGAUUGCCUGGAAAGGAGACUCACAGAGGGAGGAGAGGAAUGGCUUCUUUUCAGGAUCCACUGAUGUUCAAGGACGUGUCCAUAGACUUCUCCCAGGAGGAGUGGGAAUGCCUAGACUCUGCUCAGAAGACUUUGUACAGGGAGGUGAUGUUGGAGAACUAUAGCAAUCUGUUGUCUGUAGGUCUUUCUCUGUGUAAGCCCGUUCUUGUCUCUUCUCUGGAAGAAAACAAGGAGCCCUGGAAUGUGACUAGAAGGGAGACUCAGGGAAGUCAUACGGGAGAGAAACUCCAGAAAUAUGAAGAAUGUGGCAAGUCCUUUCAUCAUGUGUCAUGUCUUACAGUACAUCAGCAAAUGCAUACUGGAGAGAAACCCUACUGAUGUGAAGAAUGUGUCAAGUCCUUUAGUAAAUGGUCACAUCUUAGAAGACAUCAGGAAAUACAUACUGGAGAGAACCCGUAUGGAUGUGACAAAUGUGGAAAGUCCUUUAGUCAAAUACCACAUCUUAGUUUGCAUCAGCGAAUACAUACUGGAGAGAAACCCUACAGAUGUGAAGAAUGUGGCAAGUCCUUUAAUUGUGUGUCACAUCUUAGAAGACAUCAGCAAACACAUACUGGAGAGAAACCCUACAGAUGUGAAGGAUGUGGCAACUCCUUUCGUUCUGUGUCACAUCUUAGAUCACAUCAGCGAAUACAUACUGGAGAGAAACCCUACAGAUGUGAAGAAUGUGGCAAGUACUUUAGUCAAAUAUCAAGUCUUAGAGUACAUCAGCGAACACAUACUGGAGAGAAACCCUUCAGAUGUGAAGAGUGUGGCAAGUCCUUUCGUGAACAGUCACAUCUUAGAUUACAUCAGCGAAUACAUACUGGAGAGAAACCCUUCAGAUGUGAAAAAUGUGGAAAGUCCUUUAAUCAAAUGUCACAGCUGAGAAUACAUCAGCAAACACAUACUGGAGAGAAACCCUACAGAUGUGAAGAAUGUGACAAGUCCUUUAGUAAACGGUCACAUCUUAGAAGACAUCAGCGAAUACAUACUGGAGAGAAACCCUACGGAUGUGAAGAAUGUGGCAAGUCCUUUAGUCAAAUAGCACAUCAUAGAUUACAUCAGCGAAUACAUACUGGAGAGAAACCUUACAGAUGUGAAGAAUGUGGAAAGUCCUUUAGUCAAAUAUCACAUCAUAGAUUACAUCAGCGAAUACAUACUGGAGAAAAACCCUACAGAUGUGAAGACUGUGGCAAGUCCUUUAGUCAAAGGUCAUGUCUUAGAUUACAUCAGCGAAUACAUACUGGAGAGAAACCCUACAGAUGUAAUGAAUGUGGCUAGUCUUUCAAUGAAUGGUCAAUUCUUAGAAGACAGCAGCAAAUAUGUACUGGAGAAAAACCCUGCAGAUGUGAAGAAUGUACCAAGGCUUUUACUCAUAUGUCAAUAUUUCAAUUAUAUCACUGAAUCCAUACUGGAGAGAAACCAUUCAAAUGUGAAAAAUGUGGCAAGUACUUUAGUCAGUGGUCAACUCUUAGAGGACAUUCUCAAAUACAUACUUGAGAGAUAACGUUACAGAUAUGAAGAAUCUGACAAGUACUUUAUUGUGAGCUCAACUUAUAAGUCACAUAAGAGAAUUCAGAUUGGAGAGAAUCCCUACAAAUGUGAAGAGUGUAAGAAGUCCUUUAGAAAUAUGCCUCAUCAUAGAGCACAUCAUGUAAUUCAUAUUUGAGAGAAACCCUACAAAAGUGAAGCUUGUGACCAGUCCUUUAGUUGUAUGUCAGAUUUAAUAUUUCAUCAGAGAAUUCAUACUGGAAAGUACCCAUUCUGGUAAGAUGAAUGUGACCAACUGAGCACUCAGUACAUAGAAGGUACCAGAGUAUUCAUACUUAAGAGAAACCUCACAAAUGAAAAUGUUUUGGGAAGUCCAUUCCUUGUAUUCCAACUCUUAGAGAAUGUCAAAGAAAUUAUAAUAAAGGGAGACACUGCAGUAUAAAGAAUGUGGCUCUUCCUUUAAUCAUGUCAAAAGGUAGCAGUUAUCAAAAACUCAUACUAAAGAGAUAGUUUACAAUUGCUCAGUAUUUGGUACAUCCUUUACCCUGGACUCAAUCCUUAGAACACAAAAUAACAUCUGCACUAAAGGGAUAUGUCUAAAAGUCUGGAAA